AUGGUGGAAAGGCAAAGGAAAAGACAAAGGGAAAAGGAAAGAAAGGAAAAGGAUUCGGCAAGUACAAAGGCAAAGGCUUCGGUAAAGGAAAAGGAAAAGGAGAAAGCCAGUACUACUACAAAGGCCGAGGAAAAGGAAAAGGACGAGGAAAAGGAAAAGGAAAAGGCAGAGGCCGAGGAUAUGGCAAAGAUCGCGAUGUACCACAUGGACAACGAUCCCGUCACGUACCCUGAAGUUUUUGAACUUGACGAAGACGAAGAAGAGCUCGAGAUCGAGUACUUUGGAAGAGUCUUGAGAGUGACGGAAAGUGAUCUUCACCAAAGAAUCGAAGUUAUCCUGGAUUCUGGCGCAGACGACGCACAAGGAAAAGCAAUAAAGACGGAAGGCAGAAGGAUGCUGAACUUAACGUUCUUUGAUGACGACGGAAGCUUUUGUCGCAUCCAGGAAGCCUUCACCGUUGCCUCGGUGAUCAACCCGCUGAUGGCCAUAGGCAAGCUGUUUCGAGAAGGCUGGGAGUUGCGAGUGAACGAAGAAGAAGGUAUGUGUCUUACAGACGGAAGCUCAAGAAUACCAGUGCAUCUCCACAAGAACAGCUUGGCAGCCUACGCCUACGUACAAACUCCUUCAAGAAGCAAAAGUUACAGCAGCAACAACUACAAGAUGGUUCGGACAGUUGUUCAGCUCAACAAGCACGUUCAGGAAGCAGUGAACAAAGAAGAACCUGGUUGGCACAACACUGACAGCAUGGUGAUCGUGAAGUAUGCUACUCAAAGCAGCUACGAGAACCCAUCUCUCAUGUAUAGUCCUACGCACUUUCCGUACAGAAGCACUUUGGUGAAAGAAGAGAGAGGAUGGAGAGCAGUUGAAGUUUCAAAGAAGUACUCCGAGAAGGCAGACCCUUUUGAAGAGUUUGCAGAAGGAGAAAAGGAAGUGGUUACAGCCAUUUCAGCAAAGCCAAUUCCACUUUGGAUCCUUGGCACCCCUUACGCAGCUGGAGAUCGAGCAGAGCAAGAAAGUCAUGGUCGUGACUACUGGAAAAUGGACCUCGAGAAGGGAGAAGUUGUUCGUCACCACGUAGUACCUAGAACUGUGCUGUUUGACCCGACAGGAGUUGCCAACUGUCCUGUCCUCCUUGGAGAUCUUGAGAACAGCAGGUAUACCCAAGGAGACUGCAUCUACAGUACGGAGAUCUACGAACACAGCGACGACUGGAGAGCAGACCGCCUACCUCUACGUGAACACUUUCGUUUGCCGUGGUUUGGUCAAACAAGGUUCCGCGUGAAGCCAGAAGUUGUUGAAGACCUAAAAGCAGAAGCUGCAGCAGAGGAGCUAAAGAAGAAGAAGGAAGAACACUACAAAGAGAAGGAAGAUUCAGCAGCACCACCAGAAGCGCAGGAGAGUAAAGACGAAGAGAUGAGAGAAGCACCAGCAGACCAAGAAGCACCACAAGAAGUUGUUGAAGUUUUGGAGGAAAGCUUCUACCACGAAGGCGUCGAGUACACAGCGCAGAAAAGCAGUCUUAAGGAACUACAAGCACUUUGCAGAGAGUACAGAGUGAAGACAACAGGAAGCAAGAAGCAGCUCUUGAAGAGACUCGCCACAGCAGUCAGAGAAGAAAGGCUCAGCACGCAACACAAGGAACAACGGGAACACCACCAAGCAUACCACCUAGCACCACCACAGGAACCAACGGAAGAGGAGAGAGCGUACCACAACUUGACGCACCUUCCGUAUCAGCCUUGGUGUCCCCAUUGCGUUGCUAUGAAAGCACGAGAAGACAACCACAAGAAGGGAUUGAGCAAGCCAAGCAGCUCUACGGAUUCCGCGAAGCCCGUCAUCAGUUUUGACUUUUGCUAUACAAGCACCACAGGAAGUGAAGAGCCACCAGCAGUGACUCUUGUCGCUGUGGACAGCUGGAGCAAGGCAGUUCUUUCGGAACCAAGCUCCCCCAGCAAGCUACGAAAGCAAGUUAACAGAGCAGAGGAAACAGACGGUUACCUCAACAUGCCUCAUGAUGAUGAAGUCUACGAAGCAGAUGAUGAGUUUGUGUACGAGUCGGAAGAAGAAGAAGAGGAGACAGAGAGUGAACCAACGGAAGUUUCUACCAAGGUCCCUGUCGAGUUCUUCGACGAGGAGAAAGGACCACCGAACGUGGAUCCGGCUUUUCUUCAGAAGUUGGAUGAUGAAGCUACAGUCAAAGAAAUCAAGAGGUUAACAAAGAUGGGAGUUAUUUCGUUGGUUUCUACGGACCCUCAGGAAGCAACUGAGAACGUACCUCUGGUAGAUUCAGAGCAAGAACUUCACAAGUGGUUGACAACGAAGUUGGUGAAAGAUUGGAGGUUCAGAGAAGCUACAGGUUUUGAAGCUGAAGAAGCCAAAGAAGGAACAACAAAGCCCAAGCAGAUUCAAAGAAUUACAAAACUGGUGCCCAUGUUGGCUCUCGCCAACCAUUGGGCGAUCUACAGUGUCGACGUGAAGGUCAACGCGACGCAUCCAGUCUUUGGUCAGACUUUUGUGAUGGUCUUUUGGUGGAAGAGAAGUUUGAGCGUUGUACAGCAGUUCCAGCACUUUACCGUCUUCUACGACAAGGUGAACUACGACGUGGACUCCUUCGACGAGGCAAAGAAAGAAGUGACAGAGAGAGCAGAGAAGUUGAAGAAAGCUGAGGAAAGCCUGGAGAAGGAAAAGGAGCAGUUCGGAAACCAAAAGACAGAGUUUGAGGAGACAGUGAAAAGGUUUUUGAAGAAGCAGAAGGAGGUGAAGGAAAAGGAAGACAAAGUUACAGAAAGAGAAGAGAAGUCAGAGAAAGACCAAGAGACCUUCCAAGAACAAGCCAAGGUCUUAAGCGAGAAGGAGACAGCCCUCGAAGAAGCUGAGGAGAACGUCAAAGCAAAGGAAGCAGAGGUUGAAAAGAAGAAGAAAGAGGCAGAGAAGAGAGAGAGAAAAGCCCAGGAAAGAACCGCCGGCUACGACCAGGAGAGAGAAGAGUACGCCAAGAAGUACGUUGACGACGCAAAGAAGGACUUGAAGCUCGACGACCUCCAGUACGACUACAAGAGCCUCAAGGACGACUACCAGUACUUCAAAGGUUACUCACAGGAAGUGGACGCACUUCUACUUGCAGCUAAGGACAAGAUCGUGAAGUACAAGCAGAAGGUCAAGAGCCUCAAGGAAACCUUAGGUGCAACCUUGUCUGGAAGCGAAGGUGAAGAAGAGACAGAAGAAGCGUACAAGAGCAAAGCAGAGGAAGAGAAAGAGAAGGCAGAGGCUAAGGCAAAAGAGGAAGAGAAGAAGAAAGGAAAAAGGCCAAAGCAGGUAGAGACAGAAGACCAAGAAGAGAAGCCGUCAAGCAACCAAGGAGACGAAACUACCGUCGACCCGAACGACAUAGCCGAGUUCACACAGCUUGGCUACGUGUGGGAGUUCAACAAGAAGACGCAGGAGUACCGCGCGAAGUGUGAGGACAAGAAAGGAGCCCCAAGAAUCAAGAACGCUCCGGUGAAAGGCCGCCUCCUUUGGAACAAGGUGACGGAGUGCUACAGGAAACACAACAUUUGGUUUACAGACGGAAAGGAAUUGGAUAAAUUCCUCGAGACCAAGGAGAACGAGAAGAUCGAGGAAGAGGUGCAGCGACGCAUCCACGCGAAGGGCAAGCACGACAACCAAGGAACGAAGGGAAAAGGCCCUUCCUGGGACGACGGACACAACGACGGUUGGUGGUACAACGACCAGUGGAACAACGAGAACUGGAGCACCACCGACGACGGCAGCAACUGGUACGAGAACGCGAACCCCCAGAACAAAGGCUACUGGCAGACGCCAGAAGAGUGGGCGCAGCAGAACCAGUGGGACCAGUGGACACCCAAAGGAAAGGGUAAAGGCAAGAAGUCCAAGAACUGGGUGCAGACCCAGUGA